AUGCACGGUGGAGCAGUUCUCGCCCUUCUAGUCCUAGCGGUAGCCUCAGUCUCCGCCCAAGGGGGAGAAGGUUACGGCCAUCAUCACUUGGAGGAGUACAUCGACUACAGGGCACGCCCUCGCUACCACUACGACUACAACGUCCACGACCACCACACCCAUGACUUCCACCACCAAUGGGAGCACAGAGACGGGAAGGAGGUCAAGGGAGAGUACAGUCUCAUCCAACCUGACGGCAGGAGGAGGACUGUGGAGUACCGCGCUGGCAAGCACGGUGCCGACUACAGGAUAAAGUACGAAGGACACAGCCACCACGGGGGCAUUGGCUCUUUCGGGAUUGGAGGCAACUGA